GUUGAAGUGUUGUAUUUUGCAGUAAGUGCUGAAAUAACAGGAAUUCGUUCAGAGACCAUUUCUGUGCCACAAAAAAUAAAAGCAUUACAGCUGUGGAAUGAGAUAGAAACACGCCAUCCUGGGUUGGCUGAUGUCAGAAAUCAGGUGGUAUUUGCUGUCCGUCAAGAAUAUGUCGAGCUUGGAGAUCAGCUCCUCCAGCUACAAUCAGGAGACGAAAUUGCCAUUAUCCCCCCCAUUAGUGGAGGAUAGUGCUUUUGAGACACUUGGGAAAGAUGUGAAUGAAGUUGAAGGGAAAUCUAAAGACAUAAUAAAACUCACAUCUGAGAAGCUUUCCAUAGAUGAAGUCUCACGGCUGGUGAUUUCUCCACUCUGUGGUGCAAUAUCCCUAUUUGUAGGGAUUACAAGGAAUAACUUUGAAGGGAAGAAAGUCAUUAGCUUAGAAUAUGAAGCAUAUCUACCAAUGGCGGAAAAUGAAAUCAGAAAAAUUUGUAUUGACAUUAGGCAAAAAUGGCCAGUCAGACACAUAGCAGUAUUCCAUCGACUUGGCUUAGUUCCAGUGUCGGAAGCAAGCAUUGUCAUUGCUGUGUCCUCAGCCCACAGGGCUGCAGCCCUCGAAGCUGUGAGCUAUGCCAUUGAUACUUUAAAAGCCAGGGUGCCCAUAUGGAAGAAGGAAAUGUAUGAAGAAUCAUCAUCAUCUUGGAAAAGAAACAAAGAAUGCUUUUGGGCAACCAGUGAUUAAAUCAUUUAUGGUUUUUAGAGUCCUAAGAUCUUAUUUUGAUAAAUUUUUAUCUUUGAUCACGUUUUGAUUUUUCUUCUCCAGAAAAUAGUGUACUGAUGCGUAAAUGAGUGGAAAAAAAGAGAGAAAAGUAAAAUAAAGUGUGUUUAGAAUGAGGGCUUAUAUGGGAACUAGAGACAGAGGAAGGACUUUAGGAAAAGAAUGGAAGAAUAAUUUAAGUUUGAGGAAGGAUACUUGUGGUAGGCAUAUUAUUCCAUGACUAAGUUCUGAUUGUAACUUACACUGAAGUGUGGCCCCCUUCUCAGUGACUGUGUCUCAGAGGCUGCCCCCAGCCCCUCACCCCUAUACCCAGUGAUGUCAUUGUUAUCAGGGGUGCAUUAUAGGAAUAUUGGCAGAACUGGAAGUUACAAAGGUCUUUACCAGACACUCUUGAUAUGAUGUAUUUUUAGAAUCUAUGUAUUUUAAAAAUAAGCUAAAUAAACACAUGAUUUUAAAGUUUAAAAGCUGUAUUUACCUAUUUUUAAAAAUUCAGUAAUAGCUAUUUCAAAAUAUGGAGAUUUCUAUUAUUUCAGAAUGUGUAAUCUUACCAUAAUACCUACUGUAUUUCGUUAGUUAUUAGUAUUGUAUCAAUACAUGAAUUAGCUGAAAAUUGUAAAACCAGGCAAACUAACUAGCAACAAGGAUGCUUUGUGCUAUAAUGUUAGUUAUAAAAUUGGAUCCACAAUCAACUGAAAGGGAAAAUUAUAUAAUUAUUUAGUAAAAGCAUUUUCAGAUCAUUUUUAAUUGCUCAAGUAACCUUGUCAUUAGUGAAGUUGUUAAUAAAGCUGUGCUUUCUGGAAUCUUUA